CAUGGAUUUCCGCAAUGCAUGCCUUUCUUGCCAAAUGAGAGAAAAAAAUGGUUUGGAUUGUUAUGGUUUGACUUUGACUAUUUUGUGGAAGUUCCUGUGUUGGAGAGACUGUCAAUAGAGAGUUGAAACGAAAUGAAUUUAAGAGUGAAAAUAUAAAUUUGGAGCAAUAAAUUGACUGAGAUAAAAUGGCAUCAACCAGUAGACAGAACAAGGAGCUCAUGUUCAGUGAGUUUUGUGCUGUGUGUGACAAAAUCAGCACAGCUCGCAGGGAGAAGAAGGCUGACAUUCUGAAGCGAUUCAUCUCGGAUUACCAUGCAAAUAAUGAAACCAGUUUCUAUCGAGUGUUGCGACUGCUGCUGCCGAAACUUGACCGAGAACGAGCAGCGUAUGGCAUUAAAGAAUUUGUUCUUGCCAAUAUCUACGUCCGCAUCCUCUGCCUUCAUCCUGAAAGUGCUGAUGCACUGAAAUUGAAAAACUUUCGAGCACCAAAAAAUGCAGGAAACCAUGCUGGAGACUUUGGUGAAGUGGCAUACUGGGUAUUGAAGAGCCGCUGCUCAGAAGGUGGAGAGCUUACAGUGGAUGAUGUUCAGCGCCAUCUUGAUACUGUAGCUCUUAAACAUGCAGAGAGACUUCCCCGAGAGAAAGAUAAGGAGCUGGAGGUGAUGUUACGGCGCAUGUCGGCCCAAGAGCAGAAAUGGUUGAUCCGGAUUCUGUUGAAGGACAUGAGGCUGGGGUUAGGACACACCCGAAUUCUGUCCGUGUACCAUCCAGACGCCAAUGAUCUCUGGGUCCUCAACAACAGCUUACAACAGGUAUGUGAGAAGCUGAGAGAUCCUACUCGGAGACUUCAUGAGAUAGAGAUAACUCUGUUCAAUCCAUUCUGUCCAAUGUUGGCGGAGCGCUGCAACGUUCAGGACAUUGACAAACACUUGCAACGGCGACCAGGACCUCGUUACAUUGAGACCAAACUUGACGGAGAGCGUAGUCAAUUCCAUUACAACAAGGGGGAAUUUAAAUUCUUUUCCAGGAAUGCUUUUGAUUUUACGGAUUCAUUUGGAAGUAGCAGCACUUCUGGGUCUCUUACCCCAUACCUGGCCAAGCAGCUGAAACCUAACAUCAAAAAUUUCAUUUUGGAUGGAGAAAUGAUGCCAUGGAAUACCAAGUUCAAAUGCUUUGGCACUAAAGGGAUGAAUCUGGAUGUGAAGAGUCUUCGAGUGGGCAAUGUGCACCAGCCGUGUUUCUGUGUCUUUGAUAUUCUCUACUAUAAUGACUCUGUGUUAACCAACAAGCCUCUGAGUGAAAGACUGGAGACUCUAAAGAAAGUUUUCACACCUCAGGAAGGCAUCAUUAUGCAUGUGCCUCGCCAAACUGUCAAUUGUAGUGAAGAGGUUUUGGCAGCCCUGAACACUGCCAUUGACAACUUUGAUGAGGGCAUCAUUGUCAAAGAGCCAAACUCCAUUUACAAGCCUAAGUCCCGCAAAGAUGACUGGAUCAAAAUCAAACCUGAGUACACACCAGGAGCCAUGGUAGAACUGGAUCUACUCAUCAUAGGUGGAUACUAUGGAGAGGGCAGAAGACGAGGUCUUAUAAGCCAUUUUCUGCUAGGUUUAGCCCAACCUGCUCCAGCCGGUGAAGAGCCGGUAGUGUUUGAGUCAGUGACAAGAGUAGGCUCGGGUUGCACAAUGGAGGAAUUGGCAACACUCAGCAGACAGUUGGAACCACACUGGAAGCGCUGCCAAUCAAGCAACCCUCCCACCGGACUGCUUUGGACCAGGGAGAAGCCAGAACUCUGGAUUAAACCACAGAACUCUGUCAUCUUGCAGGUGAAAGCAUCCGAGGUUGUUCAAAGUGACUUCUACCAAACUGGUUACACUCUACGCUUCCCUCGUAUAGAGAAAGUCAGAUAUGACAAGCCUUGGAAAGACUGCCUUACUACAGAUGAAUUCACCAAAUUGAGACUGGCAGCUAGUGGGAGCUUGGUGGGAUCAUACAUCACAGCGCAGCCACCUCGUGCCAAGAAACGUCGUGCAGCACAGCCUCAGCCUAGUGUAUCAGCACAGUUCCGUGCCACCCACCUGGACCAUGUCAAAGCUCAUUCGCAACUGUUCACUGGGAAGGAAAUCUGUAUACUCACCGGGCUACAUGAGGUAUCCAAGCAAGACCUAGAGCGCCAGGUGAAGGAGAACGGAGGCAAAAUUGUACUCAACCCAGGUAAGACAACGUACUGUGUGAUAGUGGGCAAGGAGAACAUACGGGUCACUAACGUGUGCAAGGCCGGUACUUACAAUGUGGUGCGUGCCCAGUGGCUACUUCACAGCCUGGAUGCCGGACAGCUACUGGAGUGGACGCCAGCAGAUGUGGUCAGUGCUACACCGGAAACUAAAGACCAGCUUGAGCAGCAUUAUGACCAGUAUGGCGAUAGCUUCACACAGCCAGCAACUCUUCACUCCAUUCAGCACGUGUUGCCGCAAGUGGAAAAGAGGGAAAUGUCAGUUAAACAGAUGAAGAAAUUAGAUCAACUGCUUUUUCAUGGUUGCAGUCCUUUUUCUGUUUUCCGAGGCUGUUUCACCUAUUUUGACUGUUACGAGAAAGUGGGUGAACACUCAACACUAGUAGACACUCCAUUGAACUCUGUUGUGUUUGACUUCAAGUUCCAGAGUGGUCAAGUGUGUCCUACGGUUAACGACCAGACUACCCACAUAGUGGUACACUCGAGUGAUUUAGACCGGCUAGAAGAGUUGAUAUCUCGAGCAGAACAGCAAUCCAGCCAAAUUCACAUUGUCCAUCACUACUGGCUUCUAGACUGUAUCGAAUCUAAGGCACAGCUUUCAGAGGAGAAAUACCUCCUUCAUCAGUGGGAAUAAUGGUCAUAUAUAUAUAUACACUUUUUUAAUUUAUUUGAAACAACUUUGUAAUAAAAAUGUUUCUACUUGGUA